GUCAGUCACACCAUUUUUGGUUCAUAUGAAAAAGAACCUACUUUUGAUUCUGUUUUAUAGAAUCAAAUAAUGGUGUGUGUAAUCUAAGACCACACGUGUCCUCAUCUUCCUUCUGUUGUUAGAAUGCCUUUUGAAAAAUUGUGUGGGGAGAGACUAUUUCCUCAUUUUAAGAAAGUGCUUAUUGUCUUGGGGGUUUAGGAUACUUUAAAUGUAACAACCACGUUGAUUUCUUAGGAUCUGACUGUGGCUUCUGUAUUCCAGUUCUUAUUUAAUAUUUUGCCAUACCCUACUCCAUUCUUGGUCGGGGCAGGGGGAUGAAUCACUCCUCAGACUGAUUGAUAUCUGACAUCUUAUCUGCUUUCUAACUCAUAGCUUCCCUUAAUGGGGAGCAGUAGGAGGGAGACCAUUAAAUAUUUUGGCCAAAAAGAUGUUCACUUCCUGUUCCUGAUGGGCCACUGGAAUUAGAGGAUUGAGGAGUGAUGAUGUUAAUGUGAAGCUUCAAGGAAAAUCAACCAUAAUCACAAUACAGUAUUUCUAGCUCAUAGGCAGAGCAACAGUACUCUGCACCCAUGUUUUCUGUCUCUCUGCAGCUACAAGGGUGUGUGUCCCCAGUAACAGGGAUGGUCAAAGCAGGCUCAGUGUAGCCACCGAGAUUUCACUCAGCUCCCGUGGGACUGGAUGUUUCUGCAUGCAGUCACUUGUUCUGGCAAGUGUGUCUGUCUCUGUCUUGGUGCUUUCCCCUUUCUCUUUUCCAGAUGAUUGGUGAUCAAUCUAUCCAGCUGCCGAUAUGAGAGUGUGCGUAGGGCCGCCCAACAGUAUGGCCUUCGAGAGGGAGGAGAAAAUGACGACUGGACUCUCUACUGGACUGACUUCUCAGUGUCACUGGAACGGGUGAUGGAAAUGAAAAGUUACCAGAAAAUCAAUCACUUCCCAGGGAUGAGUGAAAUCUGCCGCAAGGACUUGCUGGCCAGGAAUAUGAGCCGCAUGUUGAAGAUGUUCCCGAAAGAUUUCCACUUUUUCCCGAGGACCUGGUGUCUUCCUGCUGACUGGGGAGAUUUGCAGAACUACAGCAGGUCAAGAAAAAAUAAGACUUACAUCUGUAAGCCGGACUCGGGCUGCCAAGGGAAAGGUAUAUUCAUCACGCGAACAGUGAAAGAAAUCAAACCAGGGGAGGAUAUGAUCUGUCAGCUCUAUAUCUCAAAGCCCUUCAUCAUUGAUGGGUUCAAGUUCGACUUACGGAUUUAUGUGCUCAUGACAUCCUGUGACCCCCUCAGGAUUUUUGUGUACAAUGAAGGACUGGCACGCUUCGCCACCACCUCUUACUCCCAUCCCUGCACAGACAACCUGAAUGAUAUCUGCAUGCACCUGACUAAUUAUUCCAUUAAUAAGCACAGUGCCAAUUUCCUUCAAGAUGCUCACUCUGGCAGCAAGAGGAUUGGCUUCAAGUGGUCUGGAAAAUUCAUUUAUGAGCAGCACUUCAUCCUGGACAAUGGCAGGAAGCUCUCCACCUUCAACACGUACAUGGAGAGCCAUGGUUACAACGUGGCGCAGAUCUGGAGAGACAUUGAGGACGUUAUUAUCAAGACGAUCAUCUCGGCCUACCCCAUCAUCAAGCAUAACUACCACACCUGCUUUCCCCACCACACACUCAACAGCGCCUGUUUUGAAAUCCUGGGCUUUGACGUUUUGUUAGAUCACAAACUCAAGCCCUGGCUGCUGGAGGUAAACCACUCUCCGAGCUUCUCCACUGACUCCUGGUUGGAUAAAGAGGUAAAGGAUAGUCUGCUGUACGACACUCUGGUCCUGAUCAACCUGAGAAGCUGUGACAAAAAGAAGGUCUUGGAGGAGGAGAGACAGCGGGGGCAGUUCCUACAGCAGUGUCGUUCUCGAGAGACCAGGAAAGAGGAAGUCAAGGGCUUUCAGGCCGUGCGAGUAGAGAAAACUGAGAAGUAUGAGAAGGAAAACUGUGGAGGGUUCCGCCUGAUUUAUCCCACUGUGAAUUCGGAGAAGUAUGAGAAGUUUUUCCAGGACAACAACUCCCUCUUCCAGAAUACAGUUACCUCCAGGGCUCGGGAGGUCUAUGCCCGGCAGCUGAUCCAGGAGCUGAGACUGAAACAAGAGAAAAAAUCCUUCCAAAUGAAACAGAAGAGGGUAGACAUGCAGGAGGAAUCGGCAGGCGAGCAAGCGAGAGGCAAGAGCUGGCAGAGCAGGCGAGAGAAACAACAGCAGAAAUACAAGACUACCACCAGCCAGACCUCCAAACAAUAUCUCCAGCCAUUGAUGUUGGUGUCCGGUGCACCUGACUUGCUCUCGAGUGUCAGACACACAGAGAAAAAUGAAGCAGAUAGCAGCCUUGAGCAGGAGGCCCCCGAAGAGGAGGCUGAUCCAGCACUCUGUAAGCCUUCAUCUUCAAGGCCUUACAGCUCUGUACCUGACUUGAGGAAUUCAAGCCUUCUCAGCUGCUCCAGGCCAGAGCUCAGUAAACCCAUCUCCAAAAUGAAGGAAGCCAAGUCUACCUCUGCAGUGAACGCGAUCACCGGCAUUGUGCCUCUAACUUCAGUAGAAGCCUUCCCAGAAUCCACCACCCAGGUCUCAGAUACCCCUGAAUGUCUGCUGAAUGUGACUAUGACAGCCAGCUCUGAGUGUAGCGGCCCAAAGAUGGACAGGGUGGCCUCCUUUAAAUGCAAGCCACAGCAGGUGCCUUGGUACCUCAUCCCAGAAAAAGUAUCAAACAGUUUUCUGCCUACAAAAUGCCAGAGCUUCUCGUGGAGUCCAAACCCAAGCUGGACUUUGCUAAAGAAUGGCCUGAAGAAGCAGCAUCCCAUGUCAGAGCUGUUCACCAAGGUUCAACUGAGACAGAAGCUGUCUUUGUUCCCAGCUCACUACAACCCAAAGCUGGUGCUGAGUGACCAGUCACAAAACCCCUCCCUGCUCCGCGAGUCCUACUUUCGUAGCCGAAGCUCUGGUGAGAAGAGGCAGCUGGAUGUGCCCUCCUUCCUCUUCUUAGAGAAUUCUCACGGCCAUGAUGUUUCCCUGAAAGACCUGCUGGUGGUUGCCACUCCAGCCCGACUGGACCCAAGGCCUGGCAGAAGCCAUACAGGUGCUUUGAAAGACCUGUGUAUGCAGGAUCAGGAAGCAUACAGUCACUACCUGAUCUCUGGCCAAAGAGGAUGUGAGAGGAACUAGAGUCAGACUGGAUUUCUGCCAUUUCUUCCUCUUACUCCCAGGAAAUGAUUUGUCUCUUCCUACAAUGUCUACGAUGCCUGCAGAAGCAACUGAAAGUUUUAUUUCCUCAUCUAGAGAGCCUGGUCUUAUGACUACCUCCCAUUAGCACCACUGAAGCUAACAGCCUUGCCUUUUGUCCCGCCCCCCAGUUAGCUUACAGUACUGGAGAACCACGACUUCUGGGAGUUAUGGGUGCUGCCCCAGGACACGUCCUAGUUGCCCCACCAGUGGUGUUCUUAUGGGUCCCUCACACAGCACUGCCAUCCAGGACACUCCCAAGGAUAAAGCAACAUGAAGGGAGGAGUGUUGCAAGGAAGGACCUGCAACAUUUCCAGAAGUCCAGAGCCCUCAGGGCACCAACAGGUUAGUGUGAGCUGGUCUUCAACUCCAGAGAGAAAAGACAAAGAGCUAGGCUUGAUGGAGAACUCUGAGCCCUGAGUAAAGGAAUCAGGACAGUUGUAGCUUCAUCAGGUAAAAACCAGACCUCCUCCUACACCAGCAGCUCUGUGCCCAUGUAUCUUCGGCUGCCUUCCCUACCAUCCUAACUCACAUUGCCUUUUCUGAUGCCACUGUCACUAUUAGGCUGCCAUAGGUCAUAGUCUGGCCCAGACAAAAGCUGUAAGACUUGCUGAAAUGGGACUUCCUAGAAGCUCUGUAUCUUUCCUUUUUUCUCCCUAGUCACCAACCCCAGCCAGUCAAGGUUCCUGAGCUGAUAAAACGGAAGUCUCUCAAGGUGAAGUCAGAAUUAUUUGUCUUCCUAAGGGACAAUUUGGUGCCAGCACUUUUGAACCUAACGACAGGGUCACCUUCAUGCUCAUGCAGUCUAUGCAGUCACACAGGGCUCCACACUAGGAAGGCCUUGCAUCUGGUUUAAUGCUAUUACCAUCUUGAAAUUCUGAAUAAUUUGUGAACAAGGAGUCUUGUAUUUUUAUUUUUGCACUGGGCCCACCAAAUUAGGUAGCUGAUCCUGCCUAGAGGCGGUAAUGGCUCUGGGUUGUCCAAAGGCAAAAUAUUAUUAAUAGUAGGAUGCUUUCCUGGCCCCACCUGCCUCCUGCUUGUUCAGCCAUGGAGCUAUGCAGAGCAAUUGUCUGCUGAAUGCUUAUGGGGGACAGAAAAUGCUCCUGGCAGUCCUUGCCCCCAUGGAGUGUGUGGUGGGGUAAGAAGGGUCCCUGGGUAACUAGUCCACUAAAGAACUAAAGAAGAGCAUCGGUGGAUGAAAAGGAAAUGCCCUCACACCCAGCUGCGAAGAUUAAGUCUUCUUCAUUAGAAGAGGUGAUAUUUGAGGUGACGGAAAAAGAUAAAUGGAUUUUUUAAUUAAAAAUUUUAAUG